CAUAGCUGCUAAUUAGCUAGCUUUGCUAACAGCCAGUUACAGGCUAAUGGGGACAUGGCUUAGCGUGGUCCCCCUAUUACAUCGACAAUCAUAUAGCUGUAUUUUUUAUUAUAUACAUCUCAUUUAUGUUUUUGUAUUCCUUGUAAACGUACUUGAUUCAUGCAAACUCUCGUGCGUUGGACUUAGCACCUCUUGACAUCAACACGGCUCAGCUCAACCGGUGCAGCAGACCGGGAGCAACAUGGUAGUUCCGGACAGCGCCGGUGAGGUCCAACCAGCAGGCAAUGACGGUACCGGGGGUCUUAUGAAGACCUCCCAGCCGAGCUACGAGGAGGAGCAGGAGCUAGCAGGGGUGGAGUUGGAGGAGGUGCGUAAGCUCCAGGAGCUCAUUCGAAGACUCGAGGUCCAGAAUCAAACACUCCGCAACAGAGGAGGCAGUAAGAAUCUACAUCUCGGAGGAGCGACCACCACAAACAACAGUAACCUCACAACCAGUACCAACAUCAAUGAGAGAAUCUCAUCCUGCCAAGGGGUGAUCAACACCAACUCCCCUCUCAGGUUGGGGAGCAGUGGAAGUUGUGGAACGGAGCUAGGCAGCAGCAGUGACUUGGAGCUGUCCCCUCCUCAGGACUGUAGUAGCAGUGAGGAUAUGUCCCCGCUCCCUGUAGCUAACCGGAUAGAGGAGGAGGAGGAUGGUGGACUGUGUGCAGGCUUUCUGACCCUGCCGUGCGGGAACGGACCGGGACAGGAGCAGACCCAGGGGCUAAGCCCAACCCCAGAGAGUCCCUCUCUGGACAGCUAUGAGUCUGAGACCCUGGCGGAGAGCGAUUCAGGGGUGGACCAGUUGGCUCUGGAUGAGGUGGAUGUUCUGGACCUAGAGGAGGACUUUGCAGAGGUGGAUGGUGAGGACAGCUGGUUGUAUGUCUCCCCUAAGAAGCAGGUAGUUGCUGAGCCCAGGCCUGAGUCUCCUCUGAAGUGGUGUCGGAAGGUUCUGGACCACCCCACCCCAGAGACGGAGGUGGCCUGUCGUACCCUGCUCAACCGUCUCGACCAGGCGUCUCGCUGGAGGAACAUCUACAGCAGCUCUGGUCAGAUGGGGGAGGCUUGCUCCUCUGGCUCUGGCCUCCUCUCUCCUGGGUACCACAACAAAUCCACUACCAAAACCCUACUAACCAGUGGUGUCUCAGGCUACAUGAGUGUGCACUCUGCUCUGAGUUCCCAGUCUUCUAUAGACAGUGAACUGAGUACCUCAGACGACUCCAUCUCCAUGGGUUACAAGCUACAGGACCUCACUGACGUCCAGAUCAUGGCCCGCCUACAGGAAGAGAGUCUGAGACAGGACUAUGCCUCCAGCUCUGCCUCAGUGUCUCGUCGUAGUUCCUCUGCCUCCCUCCAGUCUUUACGUCGGGGUGGGACCUACAGCGACCAGGAGUUUGAUACCUACAGCCUGGAGGAUGAGGAGGAUGAGUGUUGCUCUCUGCCCCAGCGACGCCUCCGCUACUCCCCCUCUCCCCUGGGCUCACCCCGCUGCCUCUCCCCCUCCACGGGCUCCCAGGGCCAGACAGAGUACAGCAGGCUGGGGGCCCCCCGGCAACGCGCUCCACGCCGAUCGCUACAGGGGCCCGGGCCCGAGCUGCUAAAGUUUGUCAAGACCGAGGAAGAGUUGAGGCACAGCAUGCCUAACCUGGCCCCCCGCACCAGCCUGCGUUCCCUGGAGGCGGUCAGGAACAGCCGCAGCAUGGAGGCUAACCUCCAGAGCUCUGGCAACCGCAUAUCCCACCUGCCCCACGCCCCCUCCUCAGGUAUGUCAUCCAGUCGGAUGCGAGGCAGUGGCCAGUCCCCUCUGUCCAUGCGGGUCCCUGUCAAAGCCAUGGGCUCCAUGCCGGGGGCCCACCAGCCCUCCAGGGGCCUGCCUGUAGUCCAGAGUGUACCCAAUGGAGGGGUACGGAGGAUCCAGUCCCCAGGGCCUGCCAACGGGGGAGCCUACCCAGCCGGGAGAGCCUCUACUGGGGGUGGGAGGCAAGCAGCAGCCCCAUCCUCCAGGGGAAGACUGGCACAGACACCUAGAAGGUCUAUGGGGAUGACUAGAAUGAAUGGCCCAAUCUCAAAUGAGUCGUGGAGAGACGGCUGCUACUGAGGCAACAAGGAAACUUCCUCCACCUCUCUCCUUUACCUUACGUUUUAGUAUAAACAACACCAACAUUACGUACUGACUCUGAACGUACCCCUGUAGGCAACACCAACGUACUUGCCUCUGAACGUACCGCUGUCCUCUGAACAUACCUCUGUAGGCUGGACCACUGUAGAUGAACAGACCUUCCCUGGCAUGGAGAACCCUCACACCACGGUUCCAUUGGAGACCGGGUAGAGAGUGACUGAGAGCACAUACACACACCGUUCGCUCUAUGGACCUAGACAGAGCUUCCAGAGUACAGAAGAUGUUGUUUUUAACAAGUCGAUUCCAAUUCCAGUCUAUAUUUUAUGAUGAUAGUUGAGAGAAGACUAAGGGUUGUUAUUUGAUUUGUUUGUUGUUCUGUAGAUGUACAAAUUAUUGAAGACUUUGAAUGGACUGUUUGUUCUAUUGUGGGUGAAGUUGAACUCUGACUGAUAUGAAGGUAGGGCGGCAGGUAGCUUAGUGGUUAAGAGCAUUGUGCCAGUAACCGAAAGGUCGCUGGUUCUAAUCCCCGA